GGUCGUGGUGGUCGCUUUGACUUUAUAGCAUGGUGGAAGGUGUUAUACUUCCACCAUGAUUCGGAAUCAUUCGCGAAUUCGCGGUUGCCGACAGUUGCCGAUCAUUGGUUAGUCGCAGAUCGCAAGAUUCGCAGGUUACAAAUGUUACAAUCUGCGAAAAUGCAGGAUCCGCAAUACAUUGCGGAUGCGUGUCAGGGUGAAUUUUAUACUGCCGCCGCGAAAUAUUGGGACCGUAUUCCGCCCACUGUGGAUGGAAUGCUAGGAGGCUUUGGAUUUAUCUCGCAGACUGAUAUAAAGGGCUCUGUACUCUUUCUAAAAUCUCUUUUCGAGUUAGAAAAUCCACCUUCCAAGGCAUUUGCCUUAGACUGCGGUGCUGGUAUUGGUAGAAUUACGAAGAAUUUAUUACUAAGAUUUUUUAAACAUGUAGACCUCGUUGAACAGAACCCGAAAUUUCUCGAAGUAGCCAAAAUUGCCCUGGAAAAUUGUUCGUCGAGAAUCGGCCAAUAUUAUCCUAUUGGAUUACAAAACUUUUGCCCUACGGCAAACAAGUACGAUCUUAUAUGGUGUCAGUGGGUAUUAGGACACUUAGAGGAUGACGAUUUAAUAGAAUUUUUCAGAAAAUGCUCAUUGGGCCUGAAAGACAAUGGGGUGCUUGUGGUGAAAGAAAAUAUCACAACCUCAAAUAACAUGGAAAUUGACAAGGAAGACUCUUCUGUGACGAGACCAAUGAAGAGCUUGCGAUCUUUAUUUGAAAAGGCUAAUCUUAUUUGUAUUAAAGAACAACAGCAGACUAAAUUCCCACGCGGUUUAUAUCCAGUUUAUAUGUUUGCUCUUAGACCAAAAAGUCAGUGAAUUGGUCAAUAAUGUGCAAUUUACAAAUCAAAUCUCCGAUUAUUGUAUGUCCUUAGCUAGGCUUCUUAUUUAAAUUUUUAUUUUCUUAAAUUAUUUUAUAUUGAGUCAUUUAAUUUAUAAUUUGUUUUUGUUUCAUUUUAGAUAGACAAUUUUGUAAGGAAUUCGAAAAGAAAACGUUCACAUCUUAUAAAUAGAAAGAAAAUAAAUAUUAACUCUAUAAAUUCAUUUUUAUAAAAAAAGUAUGCUCAUAAUUACAAUAAAUACACAUUUUGCAGUCGCGCACGAAUUGCACUAUUGCAUUAUUGAGCGAGAUUUUAUGUAAAAAAAGUUAGUUUACUUUGGCCGUAUCUUUUCAUACAUAAAACGUUGAUUUGCAUCUUGAGGGGAAGCAUUUAUGAGUCGCCUUUUCACAGCGUGAAAAUGUUCUAAAGCGAAAUUAUAGAAAUCAUUUUCCAUUUUCCAUACGGGCGAUUGCUGAAUUUUUUCUACCGUUUCAGGCAAUGGAUUGAGUUUCUGUGUAGUUUGUCGUAAAUGUGACUUGUUGUCUAAAACCAAAAGAAAGCACUGAUGUCUUCUGAUAUUGUUUUAACUGUGAUAAUGUAAUAAAGGACAGAUUGUAUAUCU